AGCAGGUAUAGGCUCCAGCUCCCCUCAACCCUGGAUAGAACUUUGUAGUCAUUUUAAGUGCCUCAAGUAAACCUUGUUAAAGUGAACUUUCCUUCUCUAUGGUAACACAUUCAUUGUGAACGUGUGUGCUGAUGACGCCACAAGUUUGUCACCUGGUACAAGUUGACGUAACAUGAAGUCAAUUCCCAUCCAAACAGCUGCGGAUUCACCUGACAGUUGUCCUCAGUGUGUGUGCGUGUGUGUUAAUGUGGACAAAGUGCACAUGCACCAACUGGGACAUUUCCUGAGUGGAAGAUCCCUUUGCUUGUCGUGUGGAUAUCUUUUUCAUCAUCUUGAAUGCAUUUGUACACCUCGUAGAAGAUGGCAACAUUGCAGCUAUACACCAAGGGGGCCAGUGUGUGGAUUCCUGACCCGGAUGCAGUGUGGGUGUCGGCACAGCUCCUCCAGGACUACACGCCUGACAACAAGAAUGUACUGCUGCAGCUUCCCGGAGGAGAGGAGGCACAGUAUCCGGUGGUGGCGCCAUCUGACCUCCCCCCACUGGCCAACCCUGACAUCUCAGAGGGCGAGUGUGACCUGACGGCGCUCAGCUUACUCCACGAGCCCGCCAUCCUGCACAACCUCCGUGUUCGCUUCCUGGACUACAACAGCAUUUACACUUACUGCGGCAUCGUGCUGGUGGCCGUCAAUCCCUACGAUGAGCUGCCCAUCUACGGCGAGGAGGUGAUUGAUGCCUACAGUGGUCAAGACAUGGCUGAGAUGGAGCCUCACAUCUUCUCUGUGGCCGAGGACGCUUAUCGUACCAUGAUCAGGGAAGAGAACAACCAGUCCAUCAUCAUCAGCGGUGAGUCGGGAUCGGGUAAGACGGUCUCGGCCAAAUUCACCAUGAGGUACUUCGCUGUGGUGGGCGGAGCCGCUCAGCAGACCAGCGUGGAGGGCAAGGUGCUGGCCUCCAACCCUAUCAUGGAGGCCAUUGGGAAUGCCAAAACCACAAGGAACGACAACAGCAGUCGCUUUGGGAAGUACAUCCAGAUCGGCUUUGGCAGGAAAGGAGACAUCAUCGGGGCCAACAUGAGCACCUACUUGCUGGAGAAGUCCAGGGUGGUCUUUCAGGCAGCAGCAGAAAGGAACUAUCACAUCUUCUACCAGCUGUGUGCCUCCAGACAAUUGCCUGAAAUGAGAUCACUCAAACUGGCUGCUCCUGAACAUUUCCGCUACACAAACCAGGGCGGGGAUACAAACAUUGCCGGCAAUGAUGAUGUGAUGGAGAUGGAGCGCACUCGCAAUGCUUUCACCAUCCUGGGCGUGCUUCCCGACCAGCAAAUGGAGCUCUUCAGAAUUCUGGCAGCUGUUCUCCACUUGGGAAAUGUGAAGAUUCAAGGCAGCGGACGAACUUCUGAUCGGAGUUAUAUAGACGCAGAUGACAGUUCUUUAGCCAUCUUCUCCAAGCUCCUGGGGGUGGAGGCUGCCCAUAUGGCCCACUGGCUGUGCCAUCGCAGGUUGGUGCUAGCGGGAGAUGCGGUGGUCAAGCCCAUGACGGGCCAGCAGGCCGUCGAGGCUCGAGAUGCUCUGGCCAAGCAUGUCUACGACCAGAUGUUCAAGUGGACCGUGCACAGACUCAACUCUGCCCUGCGCAGCCAGGCAGGCCGGACCAAAACAUUCAUAGGGGUGCUGGACAUCUAUGGCUUUGAGACCUUUGAGCGGAACAGCUUUGAGCAGUUCUGUAUCAACUACGCCAAUGAAAAACUGCAACAGCAGUUCAACAGGCACGUGUUCCACCUGGAGCAGGAGGAGUACGUACGUGAGGAGCUGACGUGGAGCCGGAUCGAAUUCAGCGACAAUCAGCAGUGUAUCCAUCUCAUCGAGGGACAGCUUGGCCUCUUAGACCUGCUGGACGAGGAGUGCAGGAUGCCCAAAGGAUCAGACGAGAGUUGGGUGCAGAAGUUGUAUGACCAACACCUGACCGGCCGAGGCCACCCUCACUUCCGCAAACCUCGUAUGUCCAACAGUGCCUUCGUCAUCCUGCACUUUGCCGACACGGUACAGUACGAAUGUGGCGGCUUCCUUGAUAAGAAUCGAGACACAGUCUUCGAAGAGCUGGUCAACGUUUUGAAAGCAAGUCAGUCGGAGUUGGUGGCUGAGCUAUUCCAACAUCAGGGAAAGGGGCCGAGUGUGCCCAAUGGAAGCGUCCACUCAGAAAGAAGAGCCCACAGAGAACACAAGUUGACCGUGGGCUUUCAGUUCCGUCAGUCUUUGCAGAUGCUGAUGGACACUCUGAACAGCACCACGCCUCACUACGUACGCUGUAUCAAACCCAACGACCUCAAGGAGCCCUUUAUGUUCGACCCGAAGAGGACUGUGCAGCAGCUGAGGGCAUGCGGAGUGCUGGAGACCAUCCGAAUCAGUGCAGCCGGUUUUCCAUCCAGAUGGACGUAUGAGGAGUUCUUCUUCAGGUAUCGCGUUCUGCUUCGAGGGUCCCAGCGCUGGGAGGAGGCUGGGCUCGCAUGCCGGCAGACCUUGCCUCAGCUCAUCCCUGACCCGGACCAGUAUGCCUUCGGAAAGACCAAAGUCUUUUUCCGGGCCGGGCAGUUGGCUCUUCUGGAGAGGUUGAGAGCUGAGAGACUGCGAGCGGCGGCCGUGAUCCUUCAGAGUUGGGUCAGAGGUUGGCUGGCUCGGAUUCACUACAGCAGAACCCUCGAGGCUACCGUCACCAUACAAAGAUACUGGCGAGGAACUCUGGCUCGGCGUUUGGCUCAGACCCUACGCUACGCCAGGGCUGCUUUGGUAAUCCAGAAGACGUACCGCAUGCUGGUGGACAGACACAUAUUCCUCCUGGUCCGACAAGCUGCAGUCACCAUCCAGGCCUAUGUCAGAGGCACGCUGACCCGUCAUCAGUACCGACUGCUGGUGGCCGAGCGAGCCGCCACGCUGCUCCAGGCAAUAGUGCGAGGGUGGUUGGCGAGGACGACCUUCACGAGGUUCCGAGCAGCCGUGGUGUUCGCACAGUGUUGCGUACGUCGUAAGGCGGCCAGAAAGGAGCUGCUGAAGCUCAAGACUGAAGCCCGCUCAGUGGAGAGGUACCGAGAGCUCAACAAAGGCAUGGAGGUCAAACUGAUGCAGCUGCAGAUGAGAGCAGACCAGGAGGCCAGAGACUGCGCAGCCCUUAAAGAGAGCCUGCAUGCCGAGCGAGAGGUCGCCGGCGCUGAACUGGCCUCCCUGAGGGCGAAAAUGGAGAAACUAGAAGCACGUCACAAGCAGGUCACUCCUUCUCCUGCUUGUUCCGUCGUGAGCCAGGUGGUGGAGCAAGAGCGGAGGCGUGCAGAGGAGAAGGCUGCCCAGGAGCUCAAACAGCUGACACAAGAGGUGGAGACGCUGCAGAGAGAAAAGGCGUCACUCAGUGGUGAAACGGAGCGUCUCACUGCAUACCUGCUCCAGCAGAAACAAGAACAAGAAGCUCUUGUGCAACAAGCGGUGACUGAGGCCACAGUGGCUUUGAGGGCGGAGCUUGACGAGGAGAGGAGGAAGCAUCAGGGCCUGCUGCGGGAGUUCACCCGGCUGGAGCAACGAUAUGACAACCUGAGGGAGAUGAGUCAGCUGACUGAGGGCACAAGGGGCCUCCGGAGAUCCGAUUCCACGCUAAACUCAGAGCCUCUGUCCCCCUCACCUCAAUCCCUCACCCCGCUCUCCCUCUCCCCCUUCCCGUCUGCCUUCCCGUCUCCAGAGGAGGUGCGGCGUGUCAGCGUGACGUCUCCCUCCGUGGAGGGAAGAUUCUCCGAGUGGAGUUUGGAAACGCCAAUGGAGCAGCUGAUGGACAAGAUGGGCUUGACCAAAGAGGCCGCGGUCAAGCUGGAAGGAGAAGACCUGGCCCACGCUUACGACGCAGUACGGGUGGCCAACAAAUUUUUGGAGAGCCAGUUGGUAAGUCAGCGCAGUCAGUGGGAGGAGGAAGUGGAAAGGCUGAGGUGUCAGCUGGUUCGAGUUAGCUCGGGCUCCUCUUCUCAUCAACAGGAGCUUCUGGAUGCCCGUGAGCAGGAGUGUGCAAGGCUGAGGAAGGAACUGAAGGAACUUCGGAACACCGUCACACUCCGGCGAUUCCUCACUCAAGUUUUCCCAUCAGCGUUUCCCGCCGAGAGUCCUUCUUCACCGCAGCAGAAAGCACCCGCAGUGGCCGGCCUGCUGGAAUGCAGGAGACGAGAUGAGAGCAAACUCAUCAGGAAUCUCAUCAGUGAUGUGCGAGCAGAUGUGGGCGUGUUGCUUGCGCCCGGGCUGGCGGCCAGCGUGCUCUUCCUGUGUGUUCGGCAGGCGGACAGCAGGGGGGAUCAAAGCAGUGCUUUGUCGGUGUGUCGCUCCACUGUCGCUGCUAUGAAGACGGCGCUGAAGAAACACAACAGUGAUUUAGAAAUGACUGCUUUGUGGCUGAAAAACAUCAGUCUGUUCCACGACCUGCUGACUCAGCACAACUCCAAACAGACGUAUGUUCCAGAGGAAUUUCCACCGCUGACCUUUGACCCAAGUCAUUUGAUCCACACGCUGAGCGAGCUCCGCAUCCAAGCCUACCAGCAGCUCAUCUCCAUCACUGAGAAACGCCUGCAGAACUUCAUCGCCGCCGCCCUGUUGGAGGGCGAAGACGUUUCCGCGGGCUCCAGGAGGCGAGCGAGAUCAGGGGCGGCGGCGGGGCCCGACGCUCCCACCGUGGCCCGGGUGCUGAGGGAGCUGGGGGCCCUUCACGCCGCCAUGUCCCAUCAGGCUUUGCACGCCUCGCUGAUGGAGCACGCCUUCCACCAGCUCACCUAUUUUAUGUCCACCUCCGCUCUCAACAGCCUGCUGCUCAGGAAAGACGUGUGCUGCUGCAGCCGGGGAAUAGACAUACGCCUCAACGUGAGUCAGCUGGAGGAGUGGCUGCGUAGCCGAGGUCUGGAGACAGAGGGCGCUGUGUCCUCGCUGUCGCCUCUCAUUCAGGCGGCUCAGCUGCUGCAGGUCGGGAAGAAUACUGACGUGGACGCGCAGGCCAUUGUGCGCGCAUGCACCUCCCUCAGCAGCCAGCAGAUUGUGAAGCUUCUCAGCAACUACACGCCUCACGGUGACGUCGAGGAAAGAGUCUCGCUCAAUUUCAUCCGCUUGGUCCAGGCUCUCCUCAAACACCGUGUGGAAGUUGAACCUCGCCUGCUCCUCCUGGAGGUUAAGCGCGUGUUUCCCGUCAUAUUCCCCGACGAGACGCCGCCCGCCAUCUGUGCGGAUAAGUUGGUCAUCCCGGACUCCCUCAAGAUAUCUUUUCUACGCAGGGUGUGAACGUUUUCUGUCAAAUGUAGCGGACACCACGCAAUUCAAAUUUGGCAUCUUUUAUUGGAAGCAGAACACAAGGAGACUACUGUCCCAGUAACAUAAAUAUAAAAAAAAUUAUAAACAUUUUAUGUAUAAAAAAAUGUCCCAUGCGACUACUUUGCAACACUUCACAUCAUCAUCAUUAUCAUCAGUGAUACGUAUUUAUAUAUUCACAAACAUUUCAAAAAUAUAAAAGAAGAUAUCAAAAUAAAGGAGACAACAUCAAAUUAUUACGCGUGCUGGCACAACACAUUUCUUUUUAAAAAUGUAAAUCUCUUUGUUACAGCGUUCCUAUCAUGCACCAUCAGUGGAAGUUCAUGAACGUGCACUUGGGGCAGAAAACAUGCACGUGGUUCUGUGCUUUUUUUUGUUUGUUUUGUUUUUUUGUUUGUGCUUCCGUCCCGAAACUUCUGCAUGCCUCUGAAAGACGUCGCUGCGGGCGGCAGGGAAUUGUGGUACUACCACAAUAAAGUCAGAAUAUUAAAGAAUAAAAUCCUAAUUUAGCAAGGAAAAAUCUCGCACUAUUAUGUAAAGUACAAUUUUGAGAAUAAAGUUAUGUUAAAAAGUUAGACUAACAUUGAAUUAUUAUGAGAAUAAAGUUGAAAUAUUACAAAAAUGAAGUCAUAACGAAAUGAAGAUAUUAUAAAAAAAACUAUAUAAAAUAAACAAAAUGAUAUAAAAAUUAUUAAUUAAUAUUGCGGGAAUAAGGAAAAAUGACAAAAA